ACCGCGAAAUAUACUAGACACUUUUUCACACAUUUUAUAAACAUAGUAACAAUAAUAGACAAUAAGUAUUAUUAAUUUUUAAGUAUUAUUGAUUUAUUUAAUAUAUUUAUAUUAAAUAUACUAAUUUGAGUGAUGGCCGAAGAAGAUAAUCCGCAAAUAUUCGGAAUACCUGAUGAUUUAUGCAGACGAGCAGGUAUCGCAGCUACUUGGCGUACUGGUAAUAAACUUGGAGUAUUUGCUCAUAAACAUAUAAAUGUUUAUUCAGGAGAUAAAAAUAGUAAUUUCUAUCCAUGCGAUAGUCAAGUGCAUUUUCUCGGACCAGAAAUAAUAUUAUUCAAUCCAAUAUUACGUAAAUUAGUAAACGAAAGCAAUGGCGUGUUUCUUUCAAUAAGAAAAAUAGGCAAAACAAAUUUGAAUGAAGUGAGACCAGAGCUUGUAAGACACAGCAAACAAUAUCGUUCUAUUUUACGUGCCUGUGUCGAAAGUCUACAAGAUGCCGCUGAAAGUAAAUCCGAUGACCGAGAAUUAUACGAAAAUUUCCUCACAAUAUUUUAUAAUGUUGAGUGUGUUUGGCAUUUAACUGAAAUUCUUUAUAUCGAUACACUCCCAGGAGAUGUUGUUCUUCCUCAACUAUUAGAGUGGGUACGUUUUCAUUUUCCAUCGCGUGAGCUCAUGGCAAUGAAAAUUUUGUCAAAGAAAACAAUUGGAGCUGAAUUAGAAAACAUGAAUUAUUGGGAAGCUGUAAUUGGUUGUGCGCUUCAUGGUAAACUAGAUAUAGUCAGUGCACUUUUGUCGUUUCAUACAAAAGCAGAUCAUCCGGCCUUCGUAACUGCUAACCAAGUACUCAAAACAAUGCCAGUUUAUAAUGUCUAUGGGGGUUAUUCUGUCAAUGAAUUCACAAUGCGAUGGAAACACUGGCAGUCAGAUUUAACAUCUAAUCUCGAGUACAAAAGAUUUAUGAUCGAUCAUAAUUUAGAAGAACUUAUGAGAUUAAUAGCUGGAGAUGAAUCAACACUAUGGGAGUUCGCUAAAUAUACUGAAGCAUGGUAUGAACUUGUUGCCGCAAAAUUACUUUACUCGUCGCCUUGUUGUAAACAACCUGAGCUAGCGCAACACGCAAACAAUAUUGCCGAACGAUGGCAAGCCGGCAGGAAUUUAGAUCACAUUAUUCUCGCUCUAAUGGAGAGUGAUUUAUAUAAAGUAAUUGAACAGAUUCAAUACAUGAAUGACAAUGGAUGGUUCGCUGCUCACCUUACUGAUUUGUUGUACAGUUGUGAGAAGCUCAAAAUAAUGGACGAAGAGCAAGCCAAUGUAACUGCACAAUUACACGAAUCGCUUCUUCUGGAUUACGGAAGUACGUUAUUUAGUCAUUCGUCACUUUGGCAAUGUGGUGCAAGUUAUCUUGAAAACUGUCCAACAUCUGGAAUAGCGCGAUUAGAAGCACUAUUGCAAUCGAUACCUAUGGGAACUGAAGCGAGAAUCCAUAAAAUAAUUAACGUUGCUCGUAAUAAUGAUUUAAUUAAUGUCGUGAGAAGUCUGUGUAAGAUCCAAGGAAUAAAAUGUAUUAGACGAGGAAGAAUAGGAAAUGCUUUAGCAUGGGCCAUUAAAGCACAAGACGGUGUAUUCGCAACGUAUAUUGCGGAUGAGUUCCUUAAGAAUUACGCUGAAGAAAGUGAAAUUCAGUGCAAAGAUCUUCUAGAAAAUUUAGGAGCUUCCAUGUUGACAAGUGAUAGACUAACAUUUUUAGGAAAGUAUUGUGAAUUUCAUCAAAUGUACGAAAUGAGAGAAUUCAAAGAAGCAGCACGAUUAUUAGUUGCUCUUAUUAUUUCAAAUUUAACACCGAAAUAUUUCUGGUCAAUACUACUAACAGAUGCCAUUCCAUUGUUAGAGAGUGAAGAAGUAUUGUUUUCAAGUGAAGAUACAUUUAUUCUAAUGCGCUGUGUCGAAGAACAUGGCGACGACCCGAAAUUUGAAGACAAACUUGAAAUAUUUCGCUUAGCUGCUGCGCGAAAUUUAGCGCGCGCUUUAAAUCUCGAAGGUUGUCAACUAGAGUAGCUGGUAGUGAGUGAGUGAUUUAAUUUUUUUUUAUAAUUAAAAAGAAAUUAAUUAAAUUUUUGAAUUUAUCUUUUGAUAAUUUUGUAAUUUAAAUAAAUAUUGUAAUUCUAUUAAACGAACAUUUUUUUAC